GCGCCUGAGCAUAUGGCUAUAGUUUCUGUUGAUUGCUGAAUUCUUUGUUUAGAAAUACAUUGCGCCUGAACACGCCUUAUUUGUGACUAUAAUAUCACACAUCCCUGUUAGAUGCGCGACCUAUCCUACCGGCCUUCUCCUUCAUACCAUGUUCGAGAACAUGAUUUCACAUAUUACCGAACUCCACCAAAGCAAUCAUGGGCGGCACAAUCCAGCUGAUAGGCACCGUGUCUCUUCCGUAUACCUUCUUGAUUGCAUGCUUAUUAGCCGUCGCUGCAUUCGGAUCUAUCGAGCUACUCCUUCUCAUCUUUGACUUCUUCAAACGUCGCAGAGGGUUAUAUUUUUGGAGCUUGUUCUUAUCCACAAUGGCUACCCUUAUUUUCACAAUUGUCAUCAUACUUCUAUGGUUCGCUGUCCCACAAGCGCGCUUCCCUCUGGUCUUCGUUAUAGUAAUCGUCUAUCCCACCCUCAAUGUCGGCAACACCUUGGUCAUUUACUCGCGACUUCACCUUGUUACUAGUGGCCGCAAGAUUCGAUGGGUAUUGUGGAUGAUCAUCAUCAUGUCGGUCGUCUUUCUUCUUCCACAAGCCAUUAUCGUCAUAAUCUCUGCCUCUCCAAGCGGCGACGGCAUGAGGAAAGUAUACAGAAUCUGUGAGAAGCUUUCCGUGACCGCCACCUGCAUACGAGAGCUGAUCGUGGGAGGCAUCUUCGUCUUCGCGGCCGCUCGCAACCUGAAGCCCCUGAUUGUGAUCAAGGGCCGCGAAGGCCGGAAAAUGGUCUUCUACUUGAUCUUCGCGACCAGCAUGAUGGUUGUCACCGACGUCAUCAUCGUGGCCGUUGUCCUCUCCGGCCAACUCUUCAUCAUCUCUGCUCUCACCGCUUUCUUCUCCGUCCUUAAACUGAAGCUGGAAUUCUUCAGUUUGGGGAAAUUGAUCCGUCUGAUCCAAAGCGCGCCAGGCGUCUGCCACCACACCGCAACCGAGGACGGAACUCCACACUUCCGCCGAACUCCUGACAUCGACAACCUGUCGCUCAGCCCGGAGGCUACCCGCAGUUGCGGUGCACCGUCCGGCCAGCAGCCGAGCAUGCAGGAGACGAGUGUUGAUCACCAACAAGUCGUCGCUGUCAGCCCCAACAAAUCUCCAGAGGCACCGUCCUCUCCCCGAACCAAUGAGUCGAUGGCGACCGCCUCCCGCACGUUGUCAACAGACCCUCUCGUCCACGGACGACAAGACCUGGAGGCGCUUGAGCCUCAGCUCAGCGCCCGAGACCAUUUCCCGCCGCGCACAUGGAGCAGCCCAGUAUAAGGCCUCACCCAUAAUCCAUCCAUCCAUGAUCCCUCCUUCGUGUCUUACCUCUCUUCCUUCUUCAAACCACGAUUUGUCCAAAUCCUUCAUCUCGUACUGAUUUGCCGGCCUCACCUUCUUAUUCUCUAGCUACGAUGAUAGAUAAUACCCCUUGGACUAUCUGACCCCCCCCCUUCCCCUCCUUCCCCCCGGUCAUGUAUCAUGUAACCAAGGCACUGGAUGAUUGUCUUCUAUUUUCUUGUAUGCUGUAGCUUUAUAUAGAC